AUGGAUGCCCGCGUCCAGGGCACAGGGAGGCCGGGAUCACCGCCUCUCUGCCCCAGCAGCAGGUGGGCGAGAGCCAGGCCUAGGCUGAAGGACCCCGGGCCGGGCCUAGCUUUCACCGACCGUUGCCAGAAGAGGAAAGGAGGCCAGAGAGGAGACUUGGGGGGACUCCGGAUGGGGGUGUGGCUUUUCUCUGGAGCGCGGGAGGCAGUGGGCAAGAAGUGCCCGACGGAGAAGCAGCUCUACCCGAGUAGGUUCCCCAGCCGCCGCCGGCCCCGUUGCCGUCCCAGGCAGCGCUGCCUGCUUCUCCUGGCUGGCCGCGGGCAGCUCGCCCCGCCAGAUGACGCAGUCCGCUUCCUUCGGAGUCCCAGUGCCGAGGGGGCGUGGCUGGGAGGAACUUGGGCUGCGUAUUGUCAUGGAGACCAGAAGCGGUCCGUCGCCGAGUCCGGCGGCUGGGAACUAGACAGAGCGGCCGGGGUUCUGCGGGGAGCGUCCCCGCCCCGACGCGUGGGUCCCCGCCUCCCGCGGCCGCACCGCCCCCGGCUCCGCCCGCUCAGCCCGGCUAACGGUCGGCGAGGCCUGCCACGAGGGAGCGUCCGCGGCCCGCGCACAGCCGCGCACCAAGCCGAUGGCGUGGAUGCAGCCGGGGGCCCGCGCGUGGGCCGCCAGAGCUUGAGGCCCGCCAGGCGGGUGCUGCGGUCCGCGUGCGGGAAGGCACGUGGGCGUGUCUCCCGGGCCCACGCGUGUCCCCUGCAUCACUGUCUCGGCUCUCGUCCAGGACGACGACUUCUGAAAGCGAGCCAAGGAGAAUCGCGGUUCGUAACAGAGCCUCUGACUGCCUGUUGGAAGGAGGUGAUUCGGAAGACAGCGAGGGGUGCUUUCUCCAGGGUGACUGACCAGCAGCCCAGCACAGGGGAAGACUUGCCCAAUGGCCUUGGUUUAUACAGACCAGCAACAGUCUGCCUGGAGCAAGUGAGACGUCGUUUCUUUUCCUGGUCUCAGCCCGAGCUUUAUUUGCUUUCGGAAACCCUGGCCAGGCCCAUCCCUUCCCUUCCCACCACGCUAGGUUGGCUGCUGCGUUCUCUGCAGCUGUUGCUGAGGCUCACACAGAGUAGAAGACUCUACUACAUUUGGGAUGGCAUCUCUGAUAAUUUACUCAUGUGUGGUUUUGUCUUGAAACCUACUGCUGGCAUUGAAAUCUAAGAUUCCUGAAAAACAGCAUUGGACUCCAACUGCAUCUUCGGGAGAGGCUCCGUCUUAUGGUCCUGUGCUGCCACGUUGACUGAGGAAGGUUUAGUGAUAAGUCAGGCCAUUCAGAAGAUCAAUUACUUUGUCUGGGAUUGUUGACACAGACCUCAAUUACUUAAUAGUAUUUAGAUCUGUUUGUUUUUCUUUUUAAGAAAGGCAACAUUUUCCCUGUCAUUACAAAUUUUUACUCCCUGACCUAUAUCUAGUAAGGGACAUUAAUAAAACAGUAAAGGGCUUCAUGGUGUCUAAUUAUAUAAUUAGGAAAAUGGUAAGAAAUGUGGUAGCUCAAAUUGAUUUCUUCCAUUAAAGCUCUGAGAGCACAUUUACAAACCUGCUGAAAAUGCUGGGGUAGUGUGGAAGUCAAGUGUUCUGGGGGAGCCCUGGAGCAGAGGGAGGAAUAUUAGUUUCAAAUUCUUUUCCCCACGUCUACUCGCAGGCUGUCCACAGCUGGGGAACCAUUACAGCGUAGUCAGAAAAUGCCGAUAGCAGGGUGCUCAUUUGGAAGGCAGUUUACAUUGGCACAAGGAUUCAGUAUUGUAACCAUGACCAGCUUCACACCUGGCAUGGCCGGGUUAUUACUGCUGCUUCUAAUACAGCAGCUGAUGGUACAGCUUGUGCUUAGAUUCUGGGUGUUCUCCAGCCAACUAGGCCUUACUGGUCAUAUAAAGCAUUGCAACAUUACUAAGUUGAAACAUGUUUGUUAAUAAAGGGAAAACAAAAUUCAAUAUUUAGGCAUCUGAGACCUUUAUGCCAGUUGUUUUAGAUCAUAAAGGUAUGAUCUUGACUUGUAGGACACUUUUUUUUUUUUUUUUUUAGUCGUUGUAAUAGGGAUAGAAUUAUACUGGAACCCACGUGUCUUGUUAAUUCCUGAUUUUAUUCUCUUUUUUUUUUUUCUUAAAUAAAAGGCAAGUGUUGUAGAGUACAGUUGGAGUCAUAUGCUGACUUGCUACCCAUCAGGGUGUGGAAAAGCAGCCUUGAUUAAUUUCAAGCUGUGAAAGGGGCAGGUAAAACUGUUCACAGCGGAAAUUUACUAAUGCACCAACCAUUUAAAUUAAAUGUUUGUUAACAUAAUAGUGAUGGCAUUUUCUCCUCCUCCUCCUUGUGGUUUUGUCCAACUCGAUGUUACGGUGGCAGUUGCGCUGACUGUUAAGUGUUUAAAUGAUGACACCAUUAUGUGAAGUGAUUCUGAAAUGAGAGACUCCAGCCAAGAAUUACAUCUGCUCCCAUCUCCUUCAAAUCAUACUCGAUGGCAGGACAGAUUAUGAUUGAUUUGUUUGUGACAGAUUGCAGGAAACAGUCAUUGAUUUUUCAAUAUUUUACCUUAAAAUUAUUUACAGUUGUAACCAUAGGGAGGUAUUUCCAUGGGCUGUCAGCUCCUGAAAGACUAAGAUAAUAUUCCCUGCUCUCUGACAAGACAAAUUACCUGUAAUGAGUGCAGUAGCUGAAGGGUAUACUUUUAUUUUAAAAUAUGUCAAUAACCCCAGUGACUAAACGAAUAUUGAUUUAGCAUAAUGAAGCCUGAGUAAUGUGAAAAUGAGCUUUUUCAAGGGGCAUGGUAAAGACUUUCUUUUUAGCUGGUUGUAAGAAGCUUUUCAUUCCUCCCAGCUAACUGGGGAAAUACAGUUUUUAUAAGCAGCCCACCAGGAAUGAUGGUGGCGUCUGUGAUAACUGGAGUCCCAGUGCUGGGCCCCUUGGUUUUAAGGGUUCUUCUCAAGUAUUAUUUGGGGUCUCUUUCUUUAGUUAUUGACUAGCUUCUGAUUUGUUUGAUGCUAUCUUUACCUGGCCUAAUAUUUUUGCAAUUCCCACAUUAAAAUGAAGGUAUUCACACAGCCAUCUGUAGAUGACAUGGGGUUCUAUUAAGACAUUUCACAUGGGUUGUUGUAGAAUUUAAUGUGCAGUGUUUUGUGGCAGGCCACCUCUGUCUUGACACUGGAUUGCUUUCUCUGCAAGUAAAGAUUAGUCCCCUGAGUGCCGGUUUUUAGACACCAUUGCAGAGCUUUAUUUUUGUCAUAUUUUAUUCCCUUC